AUGCCGUUCUCCGAGAUCUUCAAGCUGAACCCCGGCACGCCAGCCAGGGUUUGGCGCUGGAGCGCGGGACGUCCCCAACCUGGGACGCCGAUUGAUGACAUCGAGCAACCGAGCACUCCGCCAGCUAGAGGUGGUGUCUACCUCCCGAGCAUAGACAAUUCUGCGACAACCGAAGAUCAUGGAGCCUCCACCGGCCUCUUCUUCCGCAAGAUCUCAGCCUCACCCCAGCCUUCUGCACCAACAGCAACAACACAUUCGAGAUUAAGAAAGAGAACCUGCCACCUUGGCUUCGUCAGAUUCUCGUCCUUUAGAAUGUUUCUCAUACUGUCCCUCGUCUUCCUCGGCGGCUACGUCCACUACUUGUGGAAAGCAGAGGCUGCUCUCGGUGUCCCCUGGGUGCCCGACCCGGAGGCCCAGCUAUUCCAGCAGCGGCCCCUACUACCUCCGGCCCAGGAGACCAGCAUCGACACGUACUCGCUGCCGCUGCACACAAAGGGCCGGGACAUUGUUGACGAGGAGGGACGUCGCUUCAAGCUCCUGUCCGUCAAUUGGUAUGGCGCCAGCGACGAGCUCAACAUCCCCGGCGGUCUCGACGUCCAGCACCGCGAUGUCAUUGCGCAGACCAUUCGCGGCCUGGGCUUCAACAGCGUCCGCCUGCCGUACAGCGACGAGAUGGUCAUCACCGACCCCCCGAUCCCGGCCGAGCUGGUCGCUGCCAACCCGGACCUGAUUGGUCUCAAGGCCCUCGACAUCUUCGAGGCCUGCGUGACGGCGCUGACGGACGCGGGCAUCGCCGUCAUCGUCAACAACCACAUCACGCACUCGACCUGGUGCUGCGGCGCCGACCCCUGCGACGCCCACUGGGCCAACGACCACCUCGGCCCGCUGUGCCGCAUCAAGCAGACCGAAGAAGACUGGAUCCAGCACUGGGAGAAGAUUAUGCUCCGCCUUGUCGACAACCCGGGCGUCAUCGGCGUCGACCUGCGGAACGAGGUGCGCGGCGUGUGGGGCACAAUGACCUGGGACAAGUGGGCCACGGCGGCCGAGAAGGCCGGCAACAGGCUGCUGGAGAUGAACAAGGACUGGCUCGUCAUCGUCGGCGGCACCGAGUCCGGCAACGACCUCACCGGCGUCGCGAAGCGGCCCGUUGUGCUCGACGUGCCCGACCGCGUCGUCUACUCGGCCCACGUGUACGCCUGGUCCGGCUGGGGCAGCCUCGAGGGCCGGUACUCGAAGCGGGCGUACGCCUCCUUUGUGAAGGCCAUGCGGCACAACUGGGCCUACCUCGUCGAGGGCGACGUCGCGCCCGUGUGGGUGGGCGAGUUUGGUGCGCCGCACCAGCCCAGCAUCGGCGACGCCAAUUACUGGAACAACCUGCUGCGUUACCUCAAGGUCAUUGACGCCGAUUUCGGGUACUGGGCCGUUAACCCGCGCAAGCCAAAGGAUAACGUCAAGGAGACAUAUGCACUCGUCGAGGACGACUGGGUCACGCCCGUGCUGGAUUACCGGAUGAAGGACAUGGUUGAGAUUAUGAGGGCGUAG